GGUUUAAUUGUUCUUCCAUUCGUUAUCUUUUCAUAUUACCAAAGGUUCAUCCCACAGCAUCUCAUCUUUCACCAAGAAUUCGCCAUUUUCCUCUCUGCUGGGCUUCUUGCUGGGCUCACUCAACUGCAUUGUCUUACAAGACGUCACUUUCUUGCCUGCUCAUGGAUGGAGAGGCAGCGCUUUGACAAUCCUUUGAUGACAGCCACAUGUGCUACUGAUGCCACCCAUAACCACCAGCUGGCUCACACAAUGUUAAGAUGAAAGACAACUGAAGAGUGCAACAUGCAUAUCACCCCCUGUGAGGCUGCAAUUCAUCCAAAGGAGGACUUACAAAGGCACUCAAGUUUGUCAUCUCAGAUCCUCCAGGAAGUCCUAGGAACUGUAUAAAAAGUGCUCACGACUCAGCACUCUUCUACACCUUUCUCCGGACUUCAUCUCCUCGGUGAUUCGGGUUUACCUCCAUCCCAGAAAGAUGACUGUCUCCAGCCUGUGCUAUCCAGAAUGCGGGGUGGCCCGGCUUAGUCCAGUUACUGGGAGCUUCAAUGAGCCGUGCAUUAGGCAGUGCCCUGACUCCGAAGUGGUGAUUAGAUCCUCACCGGUUGUUGUGACCCUCCCCGGACCAAUUCUCAGCAAUUUCCCUCAGGAGAGCGAAGUGGCAGCUGUAGGAGCACCUGUGGUCGGAGCUGGUUUUGGAAGCUCAUUCAGUUUGGGGGGAUUGUAUGGCUAUGGAGGCCGUUAUGGAGGAUUGUAUGGUUUAGGGAGAUUAGGUGAAUACAGGGGCCUUUACCGUUAUUGGAGAUUAUUGGGCCAUGGAGAAUAUUGCGGUUACCCAGGUCUUUAUGGUUAUGGGGGAUUAUUGGGCUAUGGGGGACACUGCGGUUACCCAGGCCUUUAUGGUUAUGGGGGAUUAUGGGGCUAUGGGGGAUAUGGCCGUAGGUAUCUUGGUGGAUAUUGUGGGCCAUGUUAAAUCCAGUAGGAACAUCCGUGGAUGAAAGGAAAACCAGGAAAUGUGCAGCCAGAUAUAGAUUCAGCCCUGACCUUUUGGACAUGGCUUUCAGAAGUGCUGGGCAAACAUGGCUCCAGCUGAACUGAAUGGGAGCUGUGUGUGCUCAGCACCUUGGGGUGAUAGCCAUGCUGCAUUUCUAAUGUUACGCUUUGUGACUCUUUCUGCUAAUGCUUUCCUAGCUAUGUUCUGAUUCUCUUUUUCACAUAUGGACUAAUUUUGAAUCACAUUUAGGCUGUUUACACUGACCCUAUAGUAUGAAGGAAACAAGGGUCUUAAGAUAGGCCUCAUUUACGUUUAUUAUCACUUAAGUCCCUUUAGAAGGGGAAAAGGAGAAUUAGGAUCUAUAUGUUCUAUCCUUUCCAUCAGUAUGUACCUUUAAUGCCUUACUUUGAUGUUUGCUGUGGGCAGAUGUCUAAUGGAGAAGCUGUGUAGUCCUCUGCUUCUAUUUUGUUUUGUGUCAUUUUCAGCCGAUUGGGGUAAAACUAAGAACUUAUAAUGGUUACAAAGGGGACUUGUUUGUCAACCUCUGCAGCAGCAACAAAGCAAACAGAUCAUCGUGUCUGAAAUGAGCUCCACUGAGGCGUGUGAUGGGUCGCAACUCUUCUUGAAACACUGGAAAUACAUUCUUUCUGCUCUGUAGUAUUUCUUCCUGUAACUGUGUACUGCCAACUUCAUUUGUAUUAAA